AUGGAUGCCGAUCAACCUUUUAUUCAGAGUGAUACAAGCAAAAGUCAGUUACCAGAUGGUAACCAGUCAAGUACACCCUUUGCUUCACAUCCAGCAACCCCGCGUAUGUUGAGAAGUACCAGUGGGAAUUUGAAGACGAAAUCAGAAAUGAGUUCUACAGGGCUGAAUGAAAGAAGUCUGGAUGCGCAGUUGUUACCACCUCUAUCAAUCCCAUCACCUGCAUCAACCCCCGUGGGUGCAACAAAUGCACCAGGAGUCAGAGGUAAUCCCAAACCACUCCCUAAGCCAAGGGAGGUGGCUUCUCCCGCGCUGAGUAAGAUGUCACAGGGGCAGAACUCUUUGCAACAAAUGAACCGUAGUCCGAUGACUCCGAGCCAGUAUUCUAAUCAUCAAUCACAACAACGCCAACAAACUCCACAACAGCAAAGGCAAACACUGUCGCAUCAAUACGAUACUAAUAAACAGCCGCAAACUAUGUACGUAUCUCAGCAGUCGCAUCAACCACAACCAACGCCAUCGCCAUCGCCAUCGCAACCACCGCUGCAACAGCAACACCACCUGCAGCAACAACGACAAUCGCAUCAUCUGCAGCAACCACCACAACAGCAGCAACAAUUUCACAGGAAGUCCAUCGGUGACUGGAACUUUGUAAAAACUAUUGGGGCUGGGUCUAUGGGGAAGGUGAAGUUGGCUCAACAUAAUACAACCCAUGAAAUUUGUGCUGUUAAGAUUAUACCUCGAGCUGCAAAGCUUUACCAGCGAGCUCAUGCUCAUGAUCCACCACCACAAACGUCUCAGGAAGCCGCACAAAGACAUAAGGAGUUUGAAAAGGAGUUGGCAAGGGACAAGCGUACCAUUAGAGAAGGUGCACUUGGUAGAUUAUUAUUUCAUCCGUUUAUUUGCAGAUUGUACGAGAUGGUGCCCAUGACCAACCAUUACUACAUGUUGUUUGAAUACAUCGAAGGUGGACAAAUGUUGGAUUAUAUCGUUGCUCAUGGAUCUUUGAAAGAGAAGCAUGCUAGAAAGUUUGCUCGAGGAAUUGCAUCUGCGUUGGAUUAUUGUCAUAGAAAUAACGUGGUGCACAGAGAUCUUAAGAUCGAAAACAUCAUGAUCAACGAAAAGGGUGAUGUAAAGAUUAUCGACUUUGGAUUGUCCAAUUUGUAUUCUCCAAAAAAUUUAUUGAAAACCUAUUGUGGUUCGCUUUAUUUUGCUGCCCCUGAAUUGCUUAGUGCUAAGCCUUAUAUAGGACCAGAAGUUGACAUUUGGUCGUUUGGUGUGGUGCUCUAUGUGUUGGUUUGUGGGAAAGUACCUUUCGACGAUCAGUCUGUCUCCGUUUUGCAUGAAAAGAUCAAAAAGGGUAAUGUGGAAUACCCAAACUUUCUCUCGAAAGAGUGCAUUAAUCUAUUGUCAAGAAUGUUGGUUGUGGAUCCUAACAAGAGAGCUUCUCUUUAUGAGAUUUGCUCACAUCCUUGGAUGAACAAAGGCUAUGAUCAUAAAGUUUCCAACUAUCUCCCCCGAAGAGAACCUUUACGUUUACCAUUGGAUCCAGAGGUUAUUAAGCAGAUUGCUGCAUUUGAUUUAGGGUCAGCACAAACAGUGACUGAAGAAUUGACUACAUUACUCACUAGUGUUGAAUAUCAAAUGAGUACUGAAAAUUGGUACAAUGUCACUAGACAAGGUAAGGAAUACGCAUCUGCCCCAAACUCUAAUAUUCUUCCUGAUCCCACUGGUGGGUUUCAUCCGUUAAUUUCAAUUUACUAUUUAGUCGUUGAAAUGAGAAAGAGGAAAAAGGCUAAAGAAGAGGCCAUCAAGGCCCAAAUUGCUCAACAAGAACAACAGAAGCAACAACAGUUACAAUACCAGCAGCACAUUCAGCAACAAAAGCUUUUACAACAGCAGCAGCAACAGCAGCAACAAGCUUAUACAUCCUUACCAACACCGAAGGAGGAUUAUACCCCUCAGCCUAUCAAGACUGGUGAUCCACAAUCUAGAACACAACAAUACUCUCACGAGACCGCUACUCAAGUUCCUAUAGUAGGGCUGUAUAACCCAGCUAAAGAAAUACCCAACACUCCACAACCAAGAAUUAUUGAGACGUUUACUGGUUCUCCUUCGAAAACGUUGGACCCAAAACGCGAGCAAUCACCCAGUGUUGCUCCACCAGUUGCUAAAACUCCCGUUAUCUCAGUUCCCGAACAAGCACACACAUCUGCUAUUCCUUCCACUUUUGACAAUCCACCACUAGGGUCUACUAGAAAUGACCAACUAGAAAUACCCGAACAACAACCAAGAAGCCCAAGAAGCACGACUCCGAUUGAUACAUUGGACCCAACCAAAGGUGGUGGAGGUGUUGUAGGCGGUGCUGGCUUCAACAACUUGUUUAGGAAACUAUCAAGUAAAAAAUCGAAAGGAACGGGAUCUCCAAAGAUUGUUUCGCCGCCUGGUCAUGACUUUGAUUCUGCAAAAGUUCUGCCUCAUUCUUCACAAAGUACUCUUGAUCCACUAGUGCGUCGUGGUGUCAGUAUGAAGGUGACGGCAAAGGAAAAGGAAUCAGGAGCAAGAUUGUCGCCUACAAAACCGGACAGAAGAGAGAGGAAGCAAGACACGGCUAUGCAUGCUCAUUCUGCAUCUACAUCUACACCUAAUAGACCUCACGGGUUCAUCCCUGUGGAAUACUUGCCACCGUUACCAAACUAUGAUCCAAAUACCAAUACUGUAACCCAAAAUACAUCAACAAAACAACAGAUGCUCACUGUCCCAUCACGUAAAUUGCACCCAACUGCAAGAGCUAAAUCUGUCGGUGGUCAAAUUAGAAAAGAUGCAUAUGGCCGUGGUAGAAGUAAUACAGCUACCCAAAGUAAUGCUAAUCCGGAGCUUGCUCAUUCCACCAGUCCACAUAAUACUGAAUUAUCAUUUGACGAGAGUUCUGCUGGUGCCUUGUUUGAUGAUGUUAAAUUAGAUGAUAUGGAAGUUCAAGAAGUGCCACAACUUACAGAGGAUGAGAUUAUCAAACAAUACAAUGAAGCCAAGCCCGGUUCUAUGCCAUCGAUUGAGCACUGCAAGACCUUGUUCUUGAAAGGGUUCUUUAGUGUACAAACGACUUCAACUAAGCCAUUGCCAGUUAUCAGAUACAACAUUAUUAAUGUAUUGAGUCGAUUAGGAGUCAGGUUUCAAGAGGUGAAGGGUGGAUUUAUUUGUGUGCAUACGCCUUCAGUGCAACAACAAGAACAACAUCAACUACCACCACCGCCACAACAACAUGAGGAUGAUGCUGAAGAUCAAAUUUUGGAUGCGUAUGCAAACGAUGAUGAAAAUGAAGAAGAGAAUGAACUAUAUGGUGAUGCAUUUAGACUGAAAUCGUCAACGUUGAAAUCAUCUUCAUUUGAUGAUCCUAAAGUGGAGGCUAUCUCUGAAGGUGCACGAACUCCAAAUCGCCAAUCAUCCAUUAACGCUCAAGCAGGAGGGCCGUUAUCGCCAUCCACUUCUCAAAACAAGCCACAAAGGUCAUUAACUGUUGGUGGUGGAAGUGGAUCUUCAGGACAUCGAAGGAAAAUUUCUAUUGGCAAUACAUUCCUCAAUACCUAUCGUAAAAAGAACAAUUCUCAAGUACAAAUGCCACCAAAUACUCCAGCCACUGCACGCACCAUUAGAGGAAUGUAUGGAGAUCAUGAAGGAGAUGAUGGUGAUGGAAACAAUGGAACGAGUUCGAAUCCAACUGAAGUUGAUUUUGCCAAUGACACUCUUGAACUUGACAAUUCUGCUGAUUCGUUAAGUGGAUACAUGGGAGGAAGUGAUAUGUUGGUUUCAUCCAAGAUUGAACAUCGUGCUAAUCACCAACGUACAACUAGUACUGCUAGUAAUUCAAGUCAACAAUACCAGCAACACCAGCAACGUCGCAGUGGUGGAGGUGCUGGUACUGGUGGUGGUGGAUCCAAGUCCCCAUUGAAGUUUGAAAUUCAUAUUGUUAAAGUUCCCCUUGUUGGAUUAUAUGGAGUUCAAUUUAAGAAGUUGUUGGGAAACACUUGGAAUUAUAAAACUUUGGCUAGUCAAAUUUUGAAUGAAAUGAACUUGUAG